CAAAAGAUAUCGAAAAGGCAUUGCUAAAUUCAGCAAUUCGUCGAAAAUUUAAAACUGAUAUCAAAUUCGUUAAAGAUCAUCUUAGUUAUGUAACUAGAUUACAUUUGAAAGAAGUGUUGGCGAAAUAUGACCUUAACAACGGGGUGACGAGUAUUCCGCAAUUUAAACCAGACAUUCACCAAUUCGACGAUGACGAUGAGGAAUUCCUUCAUUGUGUAAAGGACAUAAAAAACAGGUUGAGUAAUAUGGGAACGGUUGUUGACAGCAACGAAGCAAUGCGCUGUGAGUAUAUAUCAGCGAUCCUACACGCAUCAAUCCGUAUAGUCAGGCGAAUCACCGAAAAAGGUCUUACUAUAACUCCACAGUUUGAGAUCGUUGGCGAGGAAAGCACUGGUCGUGUCGACUACGCAAUCAAGAAAAUCAUAGAUAAAGUGAUAGAGGAUAUAAUUUGCGUGACUGAGGGGAAACAAUAUCAAGUAUCUAUUGGAUAUGCUCAAAAUCUAAUGCAAUGCAAAAGUUCUUAUCAAACGAAUGAAAGAAAACGAAAAGCUGACGAAGCAUUUGGGGACUCCUAUUACGACUAUAUCUAUGGUAUUGUCUCUACCGGUACAGAUUGGCACUUUAUUUUGUAUUCAACGGAAGGUAUAUUUUGCACAAGCGAAACUGAAUAUCAUAUUUCACUUACCAAAGCCGUUCUCGAUAAUGACACAGAUUUACGCAAGGGGGUUAAAAGGGUGAUGGAAGUAAUCGUUGGUUUGUUAAAAGAUAGGGUAAUGAUUGAUAGUACACCUGAUGUGAAAAGACGUCGGGUAGAAGAAAUCAAAAAGUAA